AAGUACUACUGAAUGUUCUUCCGACCCUUGAGCUGUUUCCUUUGAAGUGCGUUUCUGCCCGUUAUUCUGGGUCUCCUUUUGUUCUGAGCGUUGGAACCGGGGAGCCGGGGAAAGUGUGAGCAGCUGGUCAUCGCCGCGUUUGGUCUCCGCGCGAGAGCUUCGCCACGGCUGUGUAGGACUGCCCCGUGCUCUGGUUUCUCCUGCGCGAGGGGGACAGCCCCAUAGGAGCUUUAGUGCUGCCUGUAGCUGGGAAGCAGCUUCAGUCUGAGCAGAGUCACUUUUAGACUGUUUCUUGGGGGGAUCUCCCAUGGUGCAGGUGGAUUAAAACUUGUGUAUCAUGAACCAGACCAGGGAAACCAGUGCUUUCCGGCAUCAUAUCCAAGAUAUCCAGAAUGGGAGGAGUAAUUUAGGACUUACUGGAGCAAACGCACAAAGCGCCGGUUCCUCGGAUCACUCUGAGCGCGGUAAGCUGGGCGGGGCCGGGCCAAACCCCGCCCUCCUGACCCCCGCCAGUCUGCAGAUCGCCCAGCUGCAGGCCCAGCUCACCCUGCAAAGGCUGAAGCUGGUGCAGACGGCCGCGGGCGGGGCCGGGGGGGGCACCGCGGCGGCGGCGGCGGCUGCUAGCGUUCUGAACCAGGUGCUGGCCGGGAUGCCCGUGUCCUCGCCCCUGCUCGGCCAGCUGAGGACCUCAAACGCAGGGGGGGUCCCCCAUGGCCAGCUGGGCUCCGCCUUCCCCAACGCCCCCCCGGGCUUCCCCCCGCUCACCUCCGCGCUGGAGGCUCUGGUCGGAGGAGGUGUGGGAGGAGGUGUUGGGGGAGGUCUGGGAGGAGGUGUGGGAGGAGUCCCCGGUCAGAGCUCCCACAGUGCUGGGCUGAACCAGUACAGAGGCAGUUUUCCCCAGUCCUCUCUGGGCCUGGCAGCUGGUUCGGCGUUCCCCUCGGGCUCGGACCGCCCCGCCCCGUACGGCUACCCCGGCACGCCGUCUAGCACCGCGUCCCAAAGCGGCGAUGGCCAGAACGCGCCAUCCGGCGCCGUGGCCAGACCCGGAACCCGACCUGGAUUUCGGGGAGAUCUUUACGGAACGUGUAGGCCGGAUACUCAGCCUGGAUUCAGCGGGGAGCACAACCGGGACGCUCCCAAAUCGGGCCACCCCACAGGGCGGCAGUGGGAUGGGGCGGCUAAUUUCUCCAGCUCAGGGAGAGCAGAUGCGGCCUCCGGCUCCGGGGGUCCGUGGGCCAGUUCGGGCCCCCCCUUCCGCAGCUGCGAGCUGUACGACCCGGAGGAGCCCACGACCGACGGCAAGUACGGCAACACGGGCCGGGCCGACUUCAGCGCCGGCACCCAGGGGAUUGUGGGACACCCGCAGCCGAGCGCUGGAGAAACUUCUAGAACCCCGAUGGCCCUGCAGCCUCACCAACGCAAUGACUUCAACGGGGUGACGCCAUCACACCUACCGCAUCACUGCACCAUCUGUGACAAGAAGAUCUUUAACCUCACGGACUGGGACCACCACGUCAAUGGAAAACUCCACCUCCAGAACUGCUCCCUCUACACUGACAGUCCUUUCGGUGGGUCCGUCCACUUCCCCCCGUUCUCAGCCGGAUGUUUCUCCUCUUCGACUAAUACCUCCAUGUCCUUCUCCUCCGCCGGUCAAGACAUAUCCCUGGCACCCAACCCUAUGUAUUUGUCUACUGCACCAAUGAAAACACAGGAUUUGACAGGAAAUGGAUUUACAUCACCUCAGGCAGGGUCAAAGUUUCCGCAGAGAAAGCCCCACUUGAGCAGCCGAGUGGUGCACAUCUGCAACCUUCCCGAGGGCAGCUGCACCGAGAAUGAUGUCAUCAACCUGGGCCUUCCGUUCGGCAAAGUGACCAAUUACAUCCUAAUGCGGUCCACCCACCAGGCUUUCCUGGAAAUGGCCUUCGUGGAGGCGGCACAGGCGAUGGUCCAGUAUUACCAGCUGAAUCCGGCCACGAUUAACGAACAGAAGCUCCUCAUCCGGAUUUCCAAGAGAUACCAAGAGCUGCAGCUCAAGAAACCAGGGAAGGACGUGGAAUCCAUCAUCCAGGAUAUUAACUCCCAGAGAGAGAGAGAGGAGGUUGAAUGCUACCCGCAGGAGCGGGCCAGGUCUCGCAGCCCCAUCCCUCGCACCCUGAGCCCGCGGCCGCCCCACAGUCCCGGCUACGCCUCCUGCGGCUCCGCCCACAGCCCCCCGGGGGCGUGCCGGGGCGAGCGGCCCAACGGGGCGGGGGCCCCCUGGGACUGGUCCCCGCGCGGCCGCUGGGAGGAGGAGCGGGAGGAGGCCUGCUGGAGGAACGAGGACCCGCUGGGCGAGGGCUGGCCCCAGGACCCGAGGAAGCCCCGCCCCAAAGGGCCCGACCGGUGGGGCCCCUGGGCGCCGGAGGGGAGGACGGGCGUCCGGAGGGGGAGCAGAGAGAGGUACCCCAGGAGCAGCCCUCAGGACCGGGCCUCGCCUUACCGGAACAAAGAGGAGGACUUUUACAAAAUGGCCGACUGGUCUCCCAGACCGCAUCACCAGCACAGCGAGGGGAGAGCUAAGAGAAGAGAUGGGGAGGGGCCCCACAGGGCUCGGCUGACUGCGUCAGGGAGCCCUGAGGUUUCCGCUAGGACCCCGGAUGACAGGAAGCUGGGGUCACCCGUCAGGGGGUGGAGCAGGAAGCAGAGGCCAAAUCAGGAAAUCAGGAAUCAGGAGGAAGAAUCUGAAAGUCAGGUAGAGGCCAGUGUGGAGGAAUCCCAGUGGGGAGAGUGGGAUCUCCGCAGCAGGUAUAUAUCUUUGGCACCCAGGGUGGUGAGAGCCAAUGAUGUACUGUUUUUCCAGAGAGAAGAACGAGGGAAUGACAGCGAGAUAGAGGAGGAGAGCUGGUACCCCCAGAACAUGGAGGAGCUGGUGACCGUGGACGAAGUGGGGGAGGAGGACGACGACAUCAUCGAACCCGAUCUCCCGGAACUCCAGGAAAAGCCUGUGGUCCUGAAUGUGGCCAUGGGGGACGCCUUGGCAGUGGAUGACGGGGGCGCUGGGAGAGAGGCUGUCCAGGAUGGGGAUGUGCUGGAGGAGAGUGUGAAGCCCCCUCCGCAGGAGCGCGUUGAGGAAAUGUCCGAGGAACACCCGAAAGACCAGACACCCGUUUCACCCUUAACGCUGGAGGAGCCCUGCUCGGAUCGGAGUAGCGUUCUCAGUCAGGAUCUCGUGGCUGUCUCGGAGGAGCCACGUCCCGGCUCAGGCACAGCUGACCUCCAGCCCCCUCAGGACUGCCUCCCUAAUCACGAGGACAGCAAACCUUUGGAUACCCCCGUCAGCUGUGUAACUAAAGAGUUCGCUCAAAUCACCAAGGCAACCGAAAAGGAAGUCCAAGACCAGGAGGAACAUUUUGGAGACAUUCCACCGAGAGAUGCCUGCAAUGCACCCCAUCAGUCUUCCAGGAGCGCAGAUGCAGACCAUAUAGGCCUGCAUGAUAAGGCUGUCAGCGAGCACAGCAUCCCGCUCGGAGUGGAGUUCGUGGUGCCCAGGAGUGGAUUUUUCUGCAAGCUGUGCGGCCUCUUCUAUGCCAGCGAGGACGUGGCUAAGACUGCCCACUGCAGGAGCACGGUGCAUUACAGGAACCUGCAGAAGUACCUGGCUCUGUUAGCUACCGAGGGCUUGGACGGCACGCCCACGAGCUCUGCCGACAUGGAGGAGCCUUGCCUCGUCCCACACUCCAAGAGUCCUGCUGGCCAUGAGCCGAACUGACGACUACUGACAGACACUCUUUGAUGUCCUACUGCAUUCGCCAUUUUGUGGAAUCAUAAUAAAAAAAAACAGCAUAAUGGGCAUGUCUGCCAUGAUUAAACAUUAUUCAGGUUAUUUUUUAAAUUGGCAACUCGUUUUAAUCAUGGUCAGAUUUUCCAAAAUCAGUAUUUUUCACUUGAUGAGGCAAACUAGACAUGUUUAAUUGCUGGAGCAAGGUCAUUUCCUGAAGAGCUUAGACAGUGAUGAUUACAUCUUAAUAAGCUACAAAACUAAAUGAUUUAAACGGGUCCCCGGAAUACUCCAGACAUGAGUACAUUUGGCAAAAAGGAUUUUAGUUUAAUAUCAAGAGAAGUGGAUCUUACUAGCCCAACCAUGGACUACACUGAGUAUGUAAACAUGGUUAAAAGUAAUACAUAAGAAUAAACAGAAGUUAAUGACAGAUACCAAUAAAAUUGUGUGCAUUUAUUAUAAGAAAUGAAAGGUUGGAAGUGGUUUUUAUAAGGUAGAUUAUUUGCCCAUAUAUUUGGAUUCUUUCUUUCUUUAUUUUAUAUCACUUUUCUAUGAAAACAGCUGAAAAUUGAGACACUGUACUGUACAAUGCAAAUAGUGCCAAACAUACGAUUAAAAGAUGAACUCUCAUAACAAUACAAAAAUACAGGAGGUCAGAUAUUCAGGGAUAACGAAAGAAUAGCUUUCAUUCAGUGCUUUUACUGGACAAAUACUUGAAAUGGACCAUGUGUUAUUUAUUGUAGAGCAGAAAGACAAUUUUAUAACUGUUUAUCUGAAGAGGAAGUGAAAAAGUUCCUGUGUUUAAAUUUUGUUUGUUCUGUUCUGUGAUCUACGAAUGUACGGUUGCUUGUUGUGACUGAAUUUAAGAUAUGUGCUAGGGUAUCGCAAUAAAUCUUUUCAAAGAAA